ACAAUCAUGUGACAAUUUCCGCUUCGCUCCGCCAAUAAUGCAGAUACAACGGCGAUGGUGGCAUGGUUGAGUACAGCUAGUUAAUUGCUAAUGCUAGAGUUCAGAUUAAUAUAAUAGAUUAUCGGAAGUAGUUUUUCCAUAACGUCUGGGACUUGUCUUUGUCUUUCAAAAUAAUGGCACAUUUGACUCAAAACCCAGCCGACAAAGAAAGGUUCAUAUGCAUUUAUCCUGCAUUUAUUAACAGUAAGAAGACGAUAGCUGAAGGACGUCGAAUACCAACUGAAAAGGCAGUGGAAAAUCCCACGUGCUGUGAAAUCCGAGACGUUUUGAGCGCUGCUGGAAUGAAUGCUUUCGUUGAGGGUAAGAUGUACCCUCGAGAGUGGAACAGGGACACGCAGAUCAGAGGACGAGUGCGAGUCCAGAUCAAGAAAGAAGAUGGAACCCCCUUUGAUGAAAAGUUGUCAUCCCGGAAGUGCGUCAUGCUUUACGUGGCAGAGAAGAUCCCCAAGCUGAAGACACGGACGCAGAAGAGUGGGGGCGGCGACCAGAACACACAGCAAGGGGAGGGGGGCAAGAAGAGUAAGAAGAAGAAGAAGUAGUUCUGUGCCCCCCCCGGCCCCCCAAUUGUGAGCAGUGUUUGUUGUAUCUCUGGCAGAUAACGGUUUAAGCACCACCUCUGCUGGGCGUCAGGAGUAACAAGGAGGCAGUGCAGCCGUUUAAUAUGGCUGUCUAAAGGAAGGAGGUAUUGAAAAUGAGAGCUACUCUGUCAGUGCCACAUAAUUAUGGCUGUUGCCCUUUUUUUCAGCGCGGUUUUGUUUUUUGAAUUCAGCAGAUGGAUUGUUUUGUGUUGACAAAAUCUUUUGAGUAGAUGUGUAGUGGAAAAUAAAGACUGCCUUCAAUGGCUUAUAUGCUCCCAGUA